AUCAGUAAAGUGACUCGUCAGUGCUUAUUACUACCCGAGCGCGCGCAGUUCACUAGCGGGGGGGUGGAAAGGGAGCACGAGAGCGCAGAAGAGCGUCGUUUUCGCACCUCGGUGAGAAGUUUGCUACCACUGAACGCUCGGCUUGUAUCCUUGAAUCCAUUUUUUUUUUGGCUCGAAAUGCUCGGAGUGGAUGCGCGUUUCAGGCUCCGCACGUGCGCCUGUCCGUUGAUCCCCGUUGCGCGCUUUGAGCUUGGCGACCUGCUCGCUUGCGUCGCUCAGUUUUUCCAUCAGAGUUAAAAAAAGACAGAUUUAAAAAAAAAUCCAUUUAUUUUUAACUUAAACAGCGCAAACCCCGUUGUCUCAGGAUAAGGAUUCGGGCUCAGCACGUGCGCCCGCCCUGCGUUCGUGGUUAGACGCGCGCGAAUGUUGAUGCCAGCGCGUGCCGGAUGAGCAUGAGUCCGCCGCCAUGGCUCGCUGUGACCGCGGCGUUCAGACUCUUCUCACGGCUCUGGGCGCGUUCGCUGCCUUCAGCCUCAUGACGGUGGCCAUCGGCACGGACUACUGGCUGUACUCGCGCGCGUACGUGUGUAACGCCACCAACAGCAGCGCGGACGAAGCGGAAAACCUGCUGCAGCCGAAAAAGACCAAAGGAGACCUGACCCACUCUGGCCUCUGGAGGAUCUGCUGUAUUGAAGGAAUCAACAAAGGAAGCUGUUACCGGAUCAAUCACUUCCCUGAGGAUAAUGACUACGAUACAGACAGCUCUGAGUACAUCCUGCGGAUUGUGCGAGCAUCCAGCCUUUUCCCCAUCCUGAGCACUAUCCUGCUGCUGCUGGGAGGAGUGUGUGUGGCUGUAGGACGAGUUUACAGCGGCAGGAACAACAUCCUCCUUAGUGCUGGCAUCUUGUUUGUGGCUGCAGGUCUGAGCAACAUCAUAGGCAUCAUCGUGUACAUCUCGAGCAACGUCGGCGACCCCAGCGACAAGAAAGGCGAAGACAAGAAGAACCAGUACAGCUACGGUUGGUCCUUCUACUCUGGCGCAUUGUCGUUCAUCGUGGCCGAAGCCAUCGGUGUGCUUGCUGUCAACAUCUACAUUGAGAGGAACAAAGAAGUGCACGUGAAGCGGCGCAACUUCCUGAAAACCGGUGCAUCGUCCUCCUCACCAUACAUGCGAAUUCCAAGCUACCGGCAGCGCAGGCGGCGCUCUCGCUCCAGCUCACAUUCCACCGAGCCAUCUCGAGACAACUCGCCUGUCGGAAGGAAGAUGGCGGCAUCCGCACUGCCUCUAGGUGAGAUCUCCAUGUACACUCUAAGUCGAGAGCACCCACUGAGGUCAGGAGGCGCACUCGGGCCCUACCCAGAGCCACCCAACUUUCUGCAAGUUCACAACUGCUUCGCCAAAGGCACGAAGGACGGCGUUAACCGCAGGACCACGCCCGUUUAAACAACACACGUCUGGUUCAAGAGGGCCAAUAGUCAUAGUGGCACUUGGAAGUAUAAGUAUCACUGUGGCUGAGUUUUAACAAUGUUACAAUGAAAUGUUGAUUUGAGGGAGCGAUGUUUUCCUUAACACAUGUUUUAAAGAUAACUAAUGGACAUUGUAGCAUUUUCUGAGCCACGGUUUGGCUCCGAGUUUCAUACUGUAUAUACAUAUGCACAGUCUGCAGUCCAAGUAGCAAUAUUUCAAUGCACUGAAAAUUGAAAUAUUAUCCCAGAAAUGUUUGAGUAUUUUCAUGUUUUCUUUGUGUCAGUAUGAUUGACACUCAAGGCCAAUUCACACUGGACACAUCACGUCAUGCGUCACGUGUAGCUUAACGUCCACCUCGGCCACGUUAGAGAUUAGCUGCGUGUCAGUGAAGCAUCCUAAUCAUGCUUGCUUGUGUUUUUUAAUGCUUCCUGUCUAUUUUUUUUCACUCAUGCUCAUGAGUCAAGUGUAAACACCACAGAAAGCCAGUGAAAGCUUAUUUAAUGUACAUUAUUUAAAAUCACAAUCUACAUAGAUGUCAUGAAUAUGCAACCUGUAGUUGCUAAGUGUUUGUAGCUAUUAUACUCAUUUUACAUCAACAUGGGAGAACAAAAUAAACACAAAUAUACCUUUUGUUCCAUCGCACUGUAUCAUGUCACGUUUUUAGGUGAACAGCUUUGUAAUUUACAGCCGGCAGAUCACUAUGGGCAAAAAAGACUUAGUAAUGAAGGGUUGAGAGCAAGCAAGACUUAGCAACAUGAGCUCUUCUUCACCUUCUUUUGGUUUUUGGACGCUUUACAUCCAGUCCGUUGUAUGAGCGCCUAUUUCAUCACAGUUUGCAAAAAACAAGUAGCUAUGCACCUGCUGUAGUGGAGUCUGGAGCAGAUUCUAUUCUGUUAUAUAAUGCAUAGCAAUGUGAGGUACAAGAUGAGAGACAAAUAUAUUGGAAAAAGGUAAUGAGUAAUUGGUGAGAGUAAGUGAAGAACGGUAGAGAUCGCUCAGCUUGGCUAAGAGGUGGUUGAGAGGAGGCAUGGUUUAGAGAGGCAAACUAGGCUUGUUCCUUUAAUUAUUAAACAUUAAACAUAGAGCCUAAUAUCUCUCAAUAAUGUGCACUUUCUCCUGCUCGUAUGCAGCUGAGACGUGUCCAGUGUGGAUUGUCUUGACAUGAUGAUAAUUUGAUGCGACUCUUACACAAUGCAUCUUUUGUGAAUUUGGGGUGAGACAGCAUGAGAAUGGGAAGCUUGAAAGGUGCUCAUGCCGUGAACAUGAAAACGUCUGGUUCAUAUCUGGUCCUUGCCCUCUUUUAGGAGAUUUUAUAGCUAUUGAAGAAGCCAUUUUGUACAACUGUGCUUUGAACCACUGCCAUUUUGUUUACUUCGGAUGUUUACAUUUCAACAACCCUGCUGAUGUGAAUGAGUUCUGUCUUAUACAUUCCGUUAAAUUUGAAGACUAAAGAACAAAAAUCUUAAAGUCAUAAAGUCAGUUAUGUGGAUGUUUAAGGAGUUUUUGCUCAGGGAAGUUCAUAGUAAUUGGCUGCAACCUAUAAACAUAACCUGUAAUCCUUUUCUUUGGACCAAUCUCAAAGCACUGUUGAUGAAUCUAUGUGUCAUAGUCUCUGAACUGCCAUUUUGUGUUGGGACACAAGUGUUGGGACAUAUGGUCUAACACGUGGCUAAUUUGCUCCUGCCGUGUUGUUGGUGGCGUAUAUAUCUUAACACUACAUGCUAGAAAGGAGCUUUUGACUAAUGAAGCAAGCCUGAUUGCCUUAUAACACAGAGUCCAUUCAGCAGCACCACAGAACGCAUUAGAGCAUCCACGGGGUGGCGAAUUAACGUACUACAGUGCUGAAAACUCGACACUGAGUCUACUGCAGCAUUCCCAAACUAUCAAAGAUGUCUGCCCAGAUCUCUAGGAACAAUGAAACCUGGGUAAUUUAAAAAAAAAAAAAAAAGUAAUAACGACUGGCAGCAGCCAAAACUUACAGAUGAUAACUUUCCAGACUGAGGGCGCCACCGUGAUGUUAUAACUGCCAAGAAGUCGAUUUGUUAUAAUGUUAUUGCUGUGAUCAAUCAAACAUGGACAGUUGUUGUUUCUCUGUGGAUGCUGUGAAAUUGUCUCAUAUCAUAAUGGCAUUACCUGAGGAAAUAUCUUUCUAUUCCCAACAGUUAUUGUCAUAGCAACAGUUAAUAAACACUAAGUCAAUUCUCCUAUGAUUCUGAAGUAGCCUAGAUUUCUCUAGAGACCCAGCAAAGACAACAGCCUUCUAGUUUGUUAGCUCUCACAAGAACUACUAAACUACCUUUUAACAACUGCGUAACAACAACAACAACAAAAAAGACAUGGUCAUGCAUACUUGUGAUUUAGCGCAAUGCUUUCUGUUAAUCGAUAACACAUUUACAGUUGAUAAUAUUUUCUGUGGAAGAUUCAAUCUGUGCAUUCUGGUGUAAUUCUGUCUGCUUUUCCUGACUGUAGUCAAUGUAAAUAAAAACAAAGAUAUUAAUGUUAUACCUGAACUUGCUGACCAUCACUUCAUCACCAGAUUCCCUGCAGAAUAAGUCUGUAUUAAAAUAAUAAAUGUACAAAUUGAAACUUUAUUAUCAUCUGUUUCACUUCAUAAAGUACUGCUU